AUGGCAAUUUCUGACAAUAAGACUGAAUCGUGGUACCUUGACCUUAAAAAAAAGGGAGCCGUUGGGAAAGGCACUUCACCUGCUGGUCCUGCUGAUAUUACCUUAAACGUAAGCGAGGAAAACUUUGGUAAACUUGUUGAUGGAAGCGCUAGUGCUCAACGACUUUUUAUGAGCGGGAAGUUGAAAGUUAAAGGCAAUGUGAUGAAAGCUGCAUCUAUCGAAACUGUGUUGAAGGCUGCACAGAAUGCAAAGCCGAAGCUUUAA